AUUUUAAUUAACGCAUGCUGGCUAGCUGUGUAUUUUUCAAUUAAUUGUUGAUGCAACUUCAUGCCUGUUACUUUAUACCGUAUAGAGCUUCAACAACAAUGAAAGCCUUGAUUAGUAUAGUUGUAAUGCUAAGCCUGUCUGGUUGCUGUCUUUGUCAGGGCUACGACUAUGACAGCAACGGUUGCCCUACAUACUGCCUCACCCUGCCCUCGCCCGUCUGUGGCAGCGACUGGCGCACCUACACGAACAUUUGCCACCUCAAGGCCAGCCGUUGCCGGGGUCGUGACCCCAACCUCAGGAUCAGCUUCUACUCGACCUGCAGCAAGAGGUGCGACUACAUGGCCCGCGGCGUCUGCCCGCCCAGCGACUGUCCCGGCAAGGUGCUCUGCGGGAGUGACGGGAACACGUACGUUGACCUUUGCACCCUGGAGCUGGCCAAUUGUAAGCUUACGUUCCAGACCAGGAUCACCGUCAAACACUGCGGUCGCUGUAAGCCGGGGGGCAAUUAGUCAACAGGGACCCAGUCGAAUACUACGGUCCUUUUGAACCCUGGGGAGAGGGGGGGAUGGGGGGGGGAGGGGGUAGUUAGUCAACAGGGACCCAUUAGUCAAGGUUUUUAGCGCAAUUUCCAUUCUGGAGAAUUGCGUUAAUUAACUCGUCAUUUCUGGGAAUGGAUGGAUGAUUGAAUGAAUGAAUGAAUGAAUGUGUGUCCGGGCUUUAAGUCGUAUCUCCUCCUCAACGAAGCAAUAUCGAUGACUAGUUCCAAAAGCAAUUAUGUUAAGCAAGUUACGAGAAUGAGCAUAGGCCAUAAAAAUUCCGGGUUUCUUUCAUGUAUUUCCCGGAAAAGCCAAAUAACCUCGAAAAAAAUUCAGUUUUUGGCCCAUAUCUCGGCAACCAGACCACUUAGCGACUUGAAACAUGUACCAAUCGAUUUAUGCCAUAAUUUAGAACAAUAUUGCCCAAGAAAGUUUUCAAAAAUAUCCUCUCGUUCGGUCACAAAUUUUAAAAUUACAUAAACACCUACAAACCGAUCGUUCUUCUAGCUUGAAUGCACCCCAGCAUUAUACGUCAGAGCUAUUUUUAGAUAACAUAAGGAAAUUGCGCAUAAAUGUCACUAGACUUUUUUAAUUAACUUGUUUUUUAGAUUAGCCUUAAAAUUUUACUUUGUGCGGCUUUCGCUUAUAAAAACAUGCUUAAGCCCAUAACCAGGUCACAUUUUUUUGGAAGGAUUUAACAUAUUUUCAUAUUUAUUCAGACCCCACCCCUCCCCUGAAAUGACCACACGCUCUGUCCACACACUCAUUUUAUUCAAUAAAUAAUAAAUAUAAAAAAAUUAGCUAUUUCCAGUUUGUAAGGGGAUGUAGCCAGAAUUCGCCGAAAAUAUUAAUUGAGUUGCUUCUCUUUACACGAAAUUAAUAGAAAAAAACCGACAAAAAGCUACAUAUUUUUUGACUUAGCAAGUCUACCUUCUACCUCUAGAUCGAUUUAACCUAAAACAACGAUAACUAUUUAAUGCUGUAAAAUGUGGGUAGGGGGUGGCAUUGCAGUGAAUUUAAAAGGAGUGCUAAACUUCAUUUUAAAACUACCCAUUUAAAAAGCAGGAUUGUAACUUCGAAAUUUUUUUUUUUACCGAUGAAAUAUCGUACAUGUAUGGCCACUUAAGACUUUGAUUAGGUUUAUGAUUUAGAUACAAUUUUUUUAUCGCGAAUUCAUACGUAUUACACAUCUCUCUACACUGUUAGGAUCUAUUGACACAUAAACGCUGUAGAGAGAUACUAUAGAAUUACAGUAAUCUUUGUGCUACGUUGUGAACAAGCGAUGUUGUGUUUGGCAUUUAUAACUCUGGCCUAUGAAAUAUAAUGACAAUAAUAAUAAAAGUUCUUGUGAA